AUGGACUUCUCCACGUGCGAUGUAUACGCUGCACGCAUACAGUCAGCAAAGGUGGUCGAACUGGAACAGUCAACAACUUUGGGGCUGAGCUCUGACAACCCAGACUGGAAGCUACCGGAUGGACCGCGAAUCACUGUACAGUCAAGAAGCGAGCUAAGCGCAUCUCUGCUUGACUCCAUGCCUCCAUUCCACAAUAUACAGAACAGUUACACCACUCUAGGUCGGCGAGUGGACCGAACCCUCUGUGGGACGGAUGUAAUUUAUUCAUAUUAUCCAUUCCUCUCAGCAGACGCUCUACCUCAGCUCAUGUAUGAGGAUGUACAGUACCUGGAGAGGCUGGGAUGUUAUCGGGUACCGUCAAGGGCAUUACUGGACGAGUUCGUCAAGGCCUACUUUCGCUACAUCCAUCCUCACCAGCCCAUCUUGGACGAAGGUGAUUUCUGGCGGGUCUACACUAGUCCCCCAACAGCACAACCCAGGACCAUCUCCAUCUUCGUCUUUCAAGCGAUGCUAUUUGCAGCCUGCAGUUUUGUCUCAUUCUCUACAAUUCAUCAACUUGGGUUCGAUGGCUUUCACGAUGUUCGUGCCACAUUUUACCGUCGAGCCAAGGCGCUCUUCCAUAUCGACUCAUACAGAGAUACGUUGUCUAGUGCUCAGGGCGCCCUACUGCUAACCCACUAUGUCUCCUCUUCCGAUGCUAAAGUGAACACCUACUGGUUAAGCAACGCCAUAUAUCUAGCUAAAUCAGUCAACAUACAUCGACGCGAGUCACGCGACAGUCUUAAUAAAGCUACUGUCCAAGGAUGGAGCCAAUUCGAGAGGCUUUGGUGUUGUUGCUUGCUUCGAGACCGACUUCUGGCACUGGGACUCCGUAGGUCCAUGCAGAUUGACGCGGAGGACACAGUUCUUUCCGAAAUUGAAGACAUAGUUCUUCCUACCAAAGCCGAAGAGUCAAUGGUGUACGACUCGACCACGAAGCUAGCGUUGACGAGGUCAUUCUCCGCGCUUUGCAGUCUCGCCGCGCCGAUAAAACGAACCUUAGGGAUCCUAUCACUCGAUCCUCCAUAUUCAGACACCGAAGAGACAACAAUGGCUAGCGACAAGAUACAGGCUUGUUCUGAACGCCUCGAUCACUGGUUUACGAAAAGCAAGGUCGACUGCAACGUCGAUGGUUCUACAAACACAGCCCUCAUCUUACACAAAAAUAUCAUGUACAUCUACUAUCAUUCGGCUAAGGUGGCGCUUUGGAAUCACGCAAUGUAUAUUUCCGUCACACAUGGAUGUGCAAUGCAUAUGGACCUUUCGGAGGGUCGGAGGGAAGUCGAAAGAGCAAUACAAGGCAUCGACGCAAGCUUGCAGCAGAUUUCUGACCAUGGCAUGCUAUCAUUCAUGCCCAUUGCUAUUGUUGCACAUAUCGCCAUUCCCUUGGUCCAACAUAUCUUGAACAUCAAGGCGCAUGGAAAACAGCACGUUGUCAGCUCCCAGAAGCGCCUGAGCGUCUAUAUUACCGCCCUCAGUGGUCUUAAAGAACGAUAUGAAGGAGUCGACCGAGUUUUGUGCCAUAUACGCCAGAUCGUCAUGUGUCUGGAUGCGCAUGAAAUGCCUAGCUCGUUGUCGUCUGACAGCCAGUUACGCGGCGACUCCUCGUCGAAUAACAGUGAUAGAGUGGACAAUCUCAUACACUUGCCUCGGCUUUUCCUGCGAGAGAUGAUUGCCGUCCAAUUGGCUUUAGCGAAAGGGCAGUACCCCGAGGAGCAUGAAUUGCAUCCGCGGUUGGCCUCUCGGGCAGGAAGCGACGCUUAUAGCACAUGUACGUGCCUUUCGCAUGAGAGCUGGAACCUGCCAGACUUGGGGGAUGCCUUUGACUCUCUGAUGGACAUAUUGUCUCCUGCUGGUUUGCCCGGGUCUCAGCAACCGGAAAACGUCUACGUGAAUUGUGGGACCAUGACAGAGAAACCGAACUCGCUGGCUAUUGUUGGAGAUUUCGACCAUUUUCCUGAAGUUUUGAGCGAUAUAGAAGUUGAAAAUUGGGUGAAACUGGAGAAAUCAUUUGUCGGGAUCAAGCGCAGUAUCAGGAAUCUGGUCAUCAUGCAUCCGAUACCAUUACAUUUUGGAAGAUCUGAUGAGGACUACACCCAGGGACAGGGUCCAAAAUCAGCAUUGUCAAUCAUGAUAGCGGUGUAUCUGGGUUAUAUGUGA